UGGCAAUGAGGGUGAGAAAGAACGAAAAUGUACAUGCGCAUGCGCAUUAACACUUUUCAUAGCAUUUCCGUUACACACUUCCGUAACAAGAUUUUCACUAGUUUACCCCCCAAUCCCACCGCGCCUAUAGAAGUUUUACUUCAAAAAGAACCACUAAAUUUGUUACAAUACCUAAGACAUCAAACUGCAGAUUCAGCAUUGGGAUGGAGUGGGGGAAGGUGUCCAUCCCUUUCAUUCGGAUGAUUUUUACUUCAUUAGCAGUCCAGUGUUUGAAGUGAUCAAAUCGAGUAGAAAACAUGAGACAUUGCGAGGAUUAUGUGUCUCCAUCCGACCCCUGGCCAAUACCAGAUAUUUGGGUAGAGGUGACAGAUGAAGAAAGACGGGUGUACUUGGUAUACGAUGACGUCACUCCGGAACUUCAUGCCGCUCCGAAGAUGAAUGUUUGGAGUUAUCGGAGAGCGGUCAACGACGAUGAAGCCCGUCAAAACGCUGCCCGUUCACGAGCAUUAAGGAAACGGAGGAAAGCAAAAGAAACUGUUAUCUGUGGGAAAAGGAAGUUCGAGCCGUCUUCAUGGACUGAUAUUGUUUUCAAAAAAACUCCGAGUUAUUCAAGAGAGAGAAAAACAGGAGAAAGAAGAAGAAAAUAAAUGGAAGUUGAUUCCAAUAGAUUUUGACUCGCCACGACCCCCAAAUGUGGAGAAGCUGAGCAAUAAUCUGAAGAGAGUGGUGCUAUCCGAGAACGAUGAGAAUGAAAUAGAAGACCC